UACGUACCUGGUACGACAAAGUGCAAGACUCGGCACAUUUAGUGUGUUUCUUUGCGAUUGAUGCACGUAAAGAUGUACUUCUUGGCUUCUAUCUUCGCUGUUUUGGCUCUUGCCUCUGCACAACGUCCUGAACCUUGUGAAACUCCACCAGAAUGGACUGGGCGCAUGUUUCAGUACGAUCGAAGCAAGAAUUUUUCAAUUCUUGGCAAGGUUUCUUAUGACGCGAUCAACCAACGUCUUCGCGUCAUAGAAGAAGUUGACGUGUCUGGCAAGAAAUCUUUCUAUGACUACAUCGUCCUUUAUMGAGAGGCUGUGGUGUACCGCAUCGAGCUGAGCGUCAAURGGACUGGAGAGUGCACUGUUCAUGAGUUUCACGAGCCUUUCAGACCAGCCCAAGUSCCACGUGAUGCGAAGUUUGCCAUGGAGGCAUAUAUCGGAGGAAGCAUCCCCGACACCGGGGUUCUUGUCAAUACCUUUUAUUGGGAGGAAAAGGAACGUGAUGUGACAAUGUAUUACGUGGCAACCGUGACAUCAGAAGGUUGUAUUCCUGUCAGUUCCAUCGCAUACAGCAAAGAAACCGGGUCAAUCCACUCCAGUUUCUUCGAUGUCAUGGGUGGAGUCGACCCAGAACGUUUCAUUCCACCAUCUGACUGCAAGCCCGGGAAAUCACUAAAGAAAUUCCCAAGGUUGAACUUACUGCAUCAAAUUCUACUUUGGGUCGUAUUCAUGACUCCAAUCCCUGGGGGUGAAAGUCCACCAGAAUGGACUGGGCGCAUGUUUCAGUACGAUCGAAGCAAGAAUAUUUCGCUUCUUGGCAAGGUUUCUUAUGACGAGAUCAACCAACGUGUUCGCGUCAUAGAAGAAGUUGACGUGUCUGGCAAGAAAUCUUUCUAUGACUACAUCGUCCUUUAUAGAGAGGCUGUGGUGUACCGCAUCGAGCUGAGCGUCAAUGAGACUGGAGAGUGCACUGUUCAUGAGUUUCACGAGCCUUUCAGACCAGCCCAAGUCCCACAUGAUGCGAAGUUUGCCAUGGAGGCAUACAUCGGAGGAAGCAUCCCCGGCACCGGGGUUCUUGUCAAUACCUUUUAUGGGGAGGUAAAGGAACGUGAUGUGACAAUGUAUUACGUGACAACCGUGACAUCAGAAGGUUGUAUUCCUGUCAGUUCCAUCGCAUACAGCAAAGAAACCGGGGCAAUCCACUCCAGUUUCUUCGAUGUCAUGGSUGGAGUCGACCCAGAACGUUUCAUUCCACCAUCUGACUGCAAGCCCGGGAAAUCACUAAAGAAAUUCCCAAGGUUGUAAGCUAUUCUAUUAACUGCGUUGCUGGUCUAUAAAAUGKUUUCACUGUUGUUGUGUUYAAUUAUUUUCUAAAUUUGGAUUGUUUUUUCUAAGUUUGAUAACCUUAUUUGUUUUGCAUUUGUUAGAAAUUGUAACUUUUUGUAAUAAAAGUAUUUUUCAAAUCAUC